UGCGCAUGCGCGGCGCGUCCGAAUGAGGAGACGGCCCCCUCCGCCGCCGCCGGGCUUCGCCGCGCCCCGCGCCAUGUCGGACCGGCUCGGCAAGCCCACCUGCCUUAUCGUCGCCAGCGCCGCUGCCGCGGGUGUGUCAGCCCAGUCCUUCCUUCACUGCUUUACACUGACUAGCUCUGCUUUUAAUCUGCAAGUUGCGACUCCUGGGGGGAAGUCAAUUGAUUUUGUGGAUGUGAACGAGAGCAACAUGCGCUGGAUACAGGAUUUUCGUAUGAAAUCGUAUGCAAACCCUGCUAAGUUGGAGUCGAUUGAUGGUGCUAGAUACCAUGCGUUGCUGAUUCCAAACUGUCCCGGGGCUAUGACUGACCUUGCAAACAGUGGGUACCUGGCUAAGAUAUUGCAGCACUUCAGCACUGAGAACAAGCCUAUCUGUGCGAUUGGACAUGGAGUUGCAGCUUUGUGUUGUGCCACCAAUGAGGAUAAAUCCUGGGUAUUUCAGGGAUACAGCCUGACGGGGCCCUCUGUGUACGAACUAGUAAGGCAGCCUAAUUUUGCCAGUUUGUCCAUUAUUGUGGAAGAUUUUGUGAAAGAUUCUGGAGCUACGUUUAGUGCCAGCAGUCCAGAUGCUGUACAUGUCGUGCUGGACAGGCACCUGGUGACUGGACAGAAUGAGAAUUCCACUCUUCCUGCGGUCCAGAAUCUUCUUAUUCUUUGCAAUGUCAGGUGAAUGUGUGUUAGAAGUCCUUUCCUGGCCGUGGACUAACAGGUCGUGUCAUGUUUGGAUGUGUUUCAGCAGGAAAUGAAGGAGCAGGUCUCUUUGCAAAUAGGAUGGAUGAAGAGCCAGCAGGCUAAGGAUUUUCUUGUCUGUUCACUGGAUAAAACAUCCCUCUUAAUUUCUGUCCUGGACUAUGAAGCAACUGUGACAGUGAAGUGGCAAUGUCAGGUUUUGCAUAUAUAGAAUGCAUGAAGGUUGUGAAUAAGAAAACUUUGAAGUGCAUCACACUUCAGAAGCAAUUAUGAAACCACCUUGCAUUUUUGUUGCUACAUCUUUUUUCACUGCUUCUCUCUAGACCCUUAAUUUACAGAUGUAGGAACUGUGUCUUGUUCAAAAAAAAGAAGUUGGUGCUGUGAAUACAAAUUGCUGAAGCUGAAGACCCUGCUCUAGGCUGACAUUAUACUGAUUGUUAAUGACUAUGCCCCAAAGAGUACUUGGAACUCUGUGAACCAUCUGGUGUUUGUGUUUCAAAUAUCAAAAUCUACACCUAGAGCUUCAACGAAAUGCAAUUUCAGAUGUGUUCUCACUCUUUUUUUUGGUAGGUCACAAAGUUAUUGUCUGAACUCUGAUUGUGUCUGGGACACUUGGAUAUACUUGGAAUAGGAUGGAAAAUGUUUAGCUAAACUGAAUAAAGCAGAACCAGUUGUUUGAAGGCAGCUCACUGUGGUGAUACUGUUGGCAUAAUGUGCCCUUGUUUUCUUCCUUGCCUGUUCAUGUUAUUGGGCUUCUGUUUAAAAAGUUUGCUCAGCUGUUUUUAAAUGGUCUUCUAACUGGUUAUCUGUUCUCCUUUGUGGUGCUUAUGUUAUGAGUUUUGUUCUCUUUGAAAUGUUUGAAAUAUUUCUCUCUGGCAAGUACAUUGUGGUUGUCUCUUGCUGCAAUUUUAUGGACAAAGGAAGAAAAAAAUGUAGGCAGCUAGUGUGGAUCACAUCUUUUGAGGAACCAACUGUAAGAUGAAAUCUGGCCUUGUCUUUCCUUUUGAGCAGCAGAUGUGGCUAAAGUUGAGCAUGGAAAGGAGUAAUCAGACCAAGAAUAUUUUUUAGUGUUGCAGGCUCAAAGAUACUAAAUCUAUGGGAAAGUAGACAGAUUAACAUUUUUCUUUCACUCUUGGAACUGAGGGCAACAUUUCUGCAGUGAUCUGUGAGGGAAAGGACCUUUGUGGUUGGCUGUUUUUUCUUAACAGGAUAAUAUUAUAUAUUGGUUAUAACCAGUCAUCAAGCAGGGUAAUUUUAUGCCUUUUCUGUAGAAAUUCAAUUUUUUAGUUCUGUAUCAAGAAUUUGGUGUAAUUUUAAAAGACAAAUCUGCUAUGAGAUUUGUUGAGUCUUCUACUGUUAUUUUGGAGCCCAGCUUACAGAUUUUUGGCUUUGAUAGAAAUUAGAAUUGGCAUUUGAAAUUAAAAUUGGGCUUUGAUAGAAAUUAAACUACCAAAUAGCUUUGAUAGCUUAAAUCCUCAUUCCUGACAAGUCGUCUUAGAGAUUUGUUGACCUCUGUCACCAUCAUGGCAUACUUUCUGUCUGGAUUUCUGGUAGGCUGUCUACUGAAAUGAUGUGGAAAGUUUCUGUAUUUGUACUGCAGUAGUAUUUGGAGUUGGGAUCAUUUUGUCUUGAACACUGUACCUACAGCAAGGAGACACUCUGCCACCAAAAACUUUAUUUAAAUAGAAGAGGUGAAGCUUCAUGUCCUAGACUCCAGUGAUUGCCUGAGCAAGGAACUUAUUGAUAAAACAACCCUCUCAUGUAGAUGGUGGGCUAGCAUUGUGUUAUCUUUAGAAAUUAUGCUGACAAAUUAUGAGCAAUUAGUGAUGAUAGCUCUUCUAAGUUCUCAUAUAGUAUGACCAAUUUUAGCUAAGGAUUGGAAAAAAUUAUUCUAAAACUGUGGGAAAAGGAGGUAAAAUUAAAGUAGAAAACAUGUGAAGCUGUUUAAUGUCAUGCCAGAUACAUUCAGAAAAGUUUUAUUGUGUUUAUUUUGGAGGAGGUGUUAUGUCAGUGGAUUAAAAUGUGAAGGCUGUAUCCAUAA